UCCACAAUAACAAUGACUCCCUGGAAAUUUGAUGAGCAAAUGAUAAUGUUCCCCCUUGUUCUACUUAUUAUUUGUAGCCAUCCCACAGUGAACGGUUUCGAGGUUUUUCUUAUCAACAACUUGGGUGGCAAUACAAAUCUCGCCGUUCACUGUUUUUCGCCGCAGGUCAAGGAUUUGGGCAGUCGAGUGAUACUUCCGGGAGACGAUUUUCAUUGGGAAUUCGGCAUCAACAUCGGCACCACCGCUGAGUAUGAAUGCGACAUGGGCUACGGAAACAAGCAAAAACGAUUCCUAGUGUUUGCGGAACGAAGAGAUGCGUUGAGAUGUGGAAACCAAAAAUGUUAUUGGCGUGUUGAUCGUGAUGGCUUGUAUCUUUAUAUUAAGGAGGUCGAUGAUUAUCAGAAACAAUUUUCUUGGUAAUGAAAAUGGCCUUCUCUUUGGCUUUCAAGUUAAAUAAAUAAAUAAAAGCAAAGUUUCAGUUUUUC